AUGGCUGAACUCGCUGCGAUCGCUCUGUUUCUUGCCGAUACAGAACGACUACAAAAGCUGGUUGGAUUGAUCAAUCAACCAAAUCCUGAAGAUGCUCGGCCGGCUAGCAUCGACGAGCAUUUGCUUCAAACAGCCAAGGCAUGCGACGAAUAUGCCUCACAGCUUGUAACUCUUCUGGGCUUCCUGCGUUGGAGACCUGGAGAGUUGAGAGCAUUAGAAGCUAUACGGACCAUGAUGCUUCGACGACAGAGAAAUACGGAAAUUCAAACUUUGGAAGAAAAGUUGAUCAAUGUGCAAAAAGACCUAUUGCUUGCUUUGACAACUUCAUCACAUUCUCGACAAUCAUCAGCUAUGGUUGUGAUACAUGAAUUGAAGCAUCAAAAUGCAGUGUUAGAGGCCAACACAACCACAAAACUCGAAUCAGUUGGGUCCCUCAUUCGAGGUAUCGACCAAAAGAAAGAAGGCACAAGUAAGGCUACCAAGGUGUUCAUUUCCCAUCUCGACAAUCUUGUAAUUGAAGCACAACGUGUCAAGAAGCAUCACGAAUUUCUCAAAAGUCUUCGAUUCAGGGAGAUUAAGCAACGAUACAGCGCCAUUCAGGACCAUCAUAAAGCCACAUUCAAUUGGGUCUUCGUUGAAGUAAAAACAGGUUUUAGGGAGUGGCUUGAGGAAGGAAGUGGCUUUUUCUGGGUCAAGGUCAAGGCUGGAAGUGGAAAGUCGACAUUGAUGAAGUUCAUCGCCACUCACGACGAUACACAAUCGCUUCUUCGUACCUGGGGAGGUGAGAGCAGGGAAUCGCUUCCACUGCGCUUUUGCUUCUUUGUCGAUGGUCUCGAUGAGUACACUGUUGGGGCGCAUCGUUAUACCGGGACAUUUGAGGAGCUUCUUAGUCCAUUGAGGGUUCUCGCUUCAUCCCCCUCCAUCAAGAUUUGUGUCUCUAGUCGGCCUUGGGAUGCUUUCGACAGAGAGUUCAGCCAGGUCAAGCGGAAGCUACAACUCGAGGAUUUGACCAGGGAAGACAUAAGACGCUACGUAAAGGAGGAACUAGGCGUCGAUCCAAAAUUCCAGAGGCUCUCCGAGAUGGAUCUGCGGUGCUCUGAGAUAAAAGACACUAUCGUCCAACGCGCACAAGGCGUGUUCCCAUGGGUUUAUCUUGUGGUGAACUCCCACAAAAGAGGAUUAAUAGAGGACGAUAACUACGCGAAUCUGCAAAGUCGACUAAAUGAGCUUCCCGAUGAUUUGCAGAGAUAUUUUGAGCACAUGUUGCAGACUAUCGAGACCAUAUAUUGGGACAGCACUACAAGGAUCUUUAGAGUUGUUAUCGCUGCAGAACAAGCAUUACCUUUGCUUGCAUUUGAACUUUUAGACCGCGAGAUGGACGACUCUGAUUAUGCUUUGACAAUGCAAUCAAGCACAUUAACGGAUAUUGAAAGCGAGGCUAUCUGCAAACGAUCAAACACAAGACUCAACGCUCUCCGUGGUGAUUUGCUUUACGUCACUGUGAAUCCAACAGAGACUGGGCUAUUUAAGAGUCAGGUUGACUUUUUGCACCGAACUGUGAGGGGUUUCUUCCUCGACACAUGUGUUAUAGACGAUAUGAUCCAAAAGCGCCCUACGGAGACGUUUAAUCCUCACUUAUCACUUUGCAGGAUUAUGCUUGCUCUCAACAAGGUCCUCACUCCUGACAAGAACUCAUCUCAGGUUUACAAUCAGCUCUACAUUGUCGCCGAUGGUUUGAUGCAUUAUGCACGACACAUCGAAGAUACAUUUAAAAGACUAGAGGGAGAUGGGGAAUCUGACCUUCAUAAAGCGAAUCUCGAGCAGGUGUUUAAGAUCCUCGAUGAGCUGGACCGCACUAAUUGCGAAGGUUUAAAUCGUCCCGGAGUUCACUGGACAAACAUGAAGGACGCUCCACACGGCACGUUCCGAUAG